AUGAGGAUCCAGUUUGGAGUUUUGUUUUUUUUUACCCUGUGGGUGGUCUACUGUGAUGCUUGGUUCUGGACCAGGACUGAUACCACUACUUUGGCUCCAUCAGUGGAACAUGAGGGGUCUGGUAGUUCAGCAGGUAGUGGAGAACUGCCAUCAGACAAUAUUGGAGCAGAGAUCAUUGAUGAAGGACAUGGGCCCCAUAAGGCCUCACAGACUUGGGGUGGGCCUACUGACGCUCCUCGACUGACCGCUCCAGUACCUACAAGGCAACUAGAGAAUCAACGUACAUCAGAAAGGGGCAGAGCAGAGAUUCGGUCUCACACACGUAAACCUGGUAAUGGCACAUCUUCAUUAGAGGAAGAAAGUGGAGUCUCCCUGCUGCAGCUCAUUGGGGAACCCCCUCCCAAUGAGAUCACCCAAAUCGACGGGCCAGACAACAGCCCUGCCUACGUCUUCGGCCCCGACGCCAACACGGGCCAGCUGGCUCGCGCCCACCUGCCGAGCCCAUUCUACCGAGACUUUGCCCUCAUCUUCAACCUGAAACCCACCUCAAACAAGGGAGGUGUCAUCUUCUCUGUCACAGAUGCGGCACAGCAGAUCAUGUAUGUGGGUGUUAAACUGUCAGCCGUGGUGGGCGGCAACCAGAAUGUCAUCUUGUACUACACAGAGCCUGACUCGCAGCAGUCGUACGAGGGGGCCAGGUUCCUCGUGCCCUCGUUGAAGGAUACCUGGACCCGUUUUGCCAUCGCUGUGAGGGAUGACAAGGUGAUGUUCUACCUCAACUGCGACACAGACCCUCAGGUGGUGCGUAUAGAGAGAUCGCCGGACGAGAUGGAGCUGGAGGCCGGCGCUGGGGUCUUUGUCGGGCAAGCUGGAGGGGCCGAUCCUGAGAAGUUCCUGGGUGUGAUCGGUGAGCUGAGGGUGGUGGGAGACCCUCGUGCUGCUGAGAGGCAUUGCGAAGAAGAUGAAGAUGACUCCGAUAUGGCUUCAGGGGACGGAAGUGGCUACGCAGAAACCAGACCAGACGCGAAGAGACCUACGUGGACGACUACUCCUGCAUCUUCCCGGCCCAUUCAGCAGCCACCGUUGUCCAAGAAAGAGGAAGUGUCAGUUACAAGAGAGACAGCAAGUGACUCUGAGCAGGUUUAUAUGGAGUCCAAGCCCCGACUUUCUGGGUCAGCAGGGCAAAUUGGGGCUAGAGGAGAAAAAGGUGACCAAGGGGAUAGAGGAGAGAAAGGAGAUAGAGGUCCAAUUGGGGCGAAGGGAGAUGCAGGUUCAGGCUCUGGCUCCAGUUCACGGGGUGGAGCCCGUGGAGAGAAGGGAGAACCAGGGGAAGUGGGAACAAAGGGCAAUGCAGGCUUUGGCUACCAAGGAAAGAAAGGAGAGCCCGGCAUUCCUGGGCCAGCUGGUCCCCCUGGGCCCCCUGGUCCUACGUCCGAUAUUUCAACUGGCAGUGACGGCUCAGUUGUUUCGAGGGUCCCUGGACCCCGAGGACCACCUGGACCACCAGGUGUCUCAGGCCCAGCGGGUUCACCAGGAACUGAUGGAGAGCCAGGUGAUCCUGGUGAGGAUGGAAAAACUGGUACUCAAGGACCUCCAGGCUUCCCAGGAACUCCAGGUGAUCCUGGACUCAAAGGAGAUAAGGGAGACCGUGGAGAGGGACAACCUGGUCCCAGGGGGCUCCCAGGUCUUCCCGGACCCCCAGGACCUGGAGUUAGAUCUACUUUUGUGGACAUGGAAGGCUCAGGGUUCCCAACUUCGGAUUCUAGUCGGGGACUGCCAGGUCCCCCAGGUCCCCCUGGUCCUGCCGGUCCUCCUGGUCCCUCUACAACAGGUACAGCAUCGAGUUCUGGGGCAUUUGGACCACCAGGAAAGGACGGGGCACCAGGUCAACCGGGUUUGCCUGGUAUGCCAGGUACCGAUGGCAGCCCAGGAUCUUCUGGUACCAAGGGAGAAAAGGGUGAUUCAGGCGAGCUGGGUCUUCCAGGAACAAUUGGAGAAAAGGGGGCUAGAGGAGACUCUGGUUUACCGGGAUCAACAGGAGAGCCUGGACUGGCUGGUCUGCCUGGACCACUGGGACCAGUUGGGCCACCUGGGCCUCCUGGACCUCCUGGACCAAGCUAUCGUGUUGGAUUUGAUGACAUGGAGGGCUCUGGAGGAUUUUUGUCUAAUGGACUUCCUGGUGUCAGAGGACCAGAAGGAAGUCAGGGUCCUCCUGGCGUGCCUGGACUUCCAGGUAAACCUGGCUUGCAUGGUAUGCCAGGCCAAAAGGGCAUGGAUGGUACUGUGGGAAGAGAUGGGCAACCAGGAUUGGAUGGCUUCCCCGGACCUCAGGGGCCAAAGGGUGACAUAGGCGACAAAGGAGAGACGGGUGAACCAGGCCGUGAUGGAGUCGGCCUCCAAGGUCCGCCAGGCCCACCUGGACCGCCAGGAAAAGUCAUCUACCAACCUGACAACGGAGGACCUGGUUUACCUGGUCAAGCUGGAUUCCCUGGUCCGAUUGGACCAAAGGGUGACAGAGGAGACGCAGGCCCGGCAGGUUAUGGACUGAAGGGUGAGAAGGGUGAGCCAGGCUUAAUAAUUGGUCCUGAUGGAAAUCCUCUGUAUUUGGACGGGGCAACGGGUUUGAAGGGAGAUAGAGGACCUUCUGGACCAGCUGGACCUCCUGGCCCGUAUGGACCUACUGGAUUAAAGGGUGAAAUUGGAAUGCCUGGAAGACCUGGUCGCCCCGGAGUAAAUGGAUACAAGGGUGAAAAAGGAGACCCAGCAGGAGGCGCUGGCUUUGGCUUCCCAGGAGUCCCCGGCCCUCCCGGACCACCUGGACCUCCUGGACCAGCCUUUCCUAUAAAUCGCUUCAAUGGCUAUGAUGAUACUUCGAGGAAUUAUCCAGGAAAUAAAGGGGAGAAAGGAGAUAUUGGACCUCCAGGGAUCCCAGGAUUGACCCCUUUUACUGAUAUUUACACAUUGAAGAAUGAAUUGAAAGGAGAGCAAGGAGGCCCAGGAGUGAAGGGAGACAAGGGAGAGCCUGGUGGUGGAUAUUAUGACCCGCGAUAUGGCCCAUCAGGGGCUCCUGGCAAACCAGGCCUACCGCAAUUAUACCUUCUACCAGGACCUCCCGGUCCUCCUGGACCCCCUGGAAAUUCAGGUCAAUCAUCUGGGGUUACAGUUUUGAGGACAUAUGACACCAUGAUUGCUACUGCCAGACGCCAAGAGGAGGGCAGUCUCAUCUACAUCAUAGACAGGGCAGACCUCUAUUUAAGAGUCCGCGAUGGACUGCGACAAGUCAUGCUUGGAGAGUACAGUCCCUUCUUCAGAGAUCUGGAGAAUGAGGUGGCAGAGGUCCAGCCUCCACCUGUCAUCGUUGCCCAUAACGGAGCUGGCCAUUAUUCCAAGGAAGUUUCUGCGGCACGACCCAUCCAGCCUCCACCACAACCACCUGUAGAACCCAGAUACCCCCCACAGUAUGAUCCCAGAUUCCCAGAUCCCAGACACACGGGUCACACAGAUGGAAGAAUAGCCACCCACAAUGAUAACAGACAUGCUGUCACUCCCCAGCGACGCCCCAGCCUCCCUGUGGUGCAGCCUGUGGUGCAUGUGGACUCAUCAGCAUCAGGACUACAUCUCAUCGCCCUUAACGCCCCUCAAACUGGUAACAUGCGAGGAAUUCGCGGGGCAGAUUUCCUGUGCUUCCAGCAGGCCCGUGCCAUUGGUCUGAAAGGCACCUUCAGAGCUUACCUGUCCUCCAAGCUUCAAGACCUCUACACGGUCGUCCGCAGGUCGGACAGGGACAGCAUCCCCAUUGUGAAUCUCAAGGAUCAAGUAUUGUUUAGCAGUUGGGAGUCCAUCUUCAGUGACGACGCAAGCAGAAUGAGGGAGAAUGUACCACUUUACUCCUUUGAUGGCAGAGAUAUCCUCAGGGACAGUGCAUGGCCAGAGAAAAUGAUCUGGCAUGGAUCAAGCAAGAAAGGCCACCGGCAAACAGACCACUACUGCGAAACAUGGCGGGCAGGCGACCGCGCUGUGACUGGUCUGGCAUCAUCACUACAGAGCGGCCACCUCCUGCAGCAAAGCUCCACUAGCUGCUCCAGCUCCUACAUCGUCCUCUGCAUCGAGAACGCCUUAACAACACCCUACAAAAAAUAAAUGCCGUCCAUCCUCCUUUUUUAUUUUUUUAUUUUUGUGUUUUGGGCCCCAGUUAAACACAGUUUUUUUAUGUCCAAGCAGACAUGUUUUUCUAAUUCCUUGAUAACAUGCCUUGUGAACAUGUGGCGUCCAAUGAACUGGCCCUGAGGCUCUUUGCCUGGCAGAGACGCUUUGCCUCGUCUGCUCCUCCCCUCCCCAAACGCCAAAGAGAUGGGUCGGACAGAGGGGUCCUUUUUCUCUGGAGCAUUGGCACAUAUUUUCUUCAAGGGGUGGAACAA